AUGUCGAUUAAUCAAGCACAUUAUCAAGGUGGCAUUGUUUUAUUUCAAGGUGAAGCGAUUGUUUAUCAUGCAAAGGACGUUAGACUUAAAUUCAAAGAUGGCCCGCCGAUUAUGGGUACUAAAGAGCACAAAGGAAAAUUAUUUGUUACAACUCAUCGAUUAAUUUUUCUUUCUGGUGAUGCAAACGAUGCCUUAUCAAGUUUUGCUAGUGCCUUUAUGUACAUGAAAGAUUUGAAACUGAAUCAACCAAUUUUUGGCUCGAAUAAUAUAGUUGGAAGUGUAAAUGCUCACCCUAACGAUUCUCAUAAAAAAGGAGAUGCUUUUAAAAGUAGAAAAUAA